CUGCUGUCUCUGAUCACUCUGCUGCUCUCCUGCUGGGCUCCACCACUCCUGCUCAUAGACAGUUAAAGAAAGCUCCUGCUGCGCAACAUGAUGGACGGACGGAAGGCGGCAAAACAUCACAGAGGAUCAUGGGUCUGAUCUAAGUGAUGAGUUCAGUGAUCAGUCAGUCUCAUCAGCUUCUCUGGGUCUCACAGAGCUCUCAAUGAGACAUGGUGCUACCUGAAAAAACCUCCAGACCUUCUGCUCCUAAGAAGGUCCCCAAGCAGCACGCCCUGCGGCACCAGAGCUUGCCCUCCCCAGCCCUGUGCUGCGCCUGCGGCCUGUGCAUCAUGCUGGCUGGCAUCAACAUCACCCUGGUGGGAGCUUUCGCCUUUGGCACCUACAUCCCUACUGGCAACCCCCCCAUCAUCAUCGGUCCUCUUCUUUUAUUGAUAGCCCUGGCCUUCUUCACAGCGUGCUGUGUGGUCAGCAGGAGGCCCCCGGCCCACAUGGCCCACAAGGCUAAAGCAGGUGAGAAGUGGGGGCUGAUGCGGAUGGGGACAGCAGCGUUUGAGAUGGAGACGAGCGAGCACACGCUGCAGGACACCACUGCCGUCCAGCUCAGCCCCACCAACUCCCCCACCUCCUCCCACAAGUCCAGCUCCAGCCACAGGGGCGACACAGCUCCGCCGGGCUGUCAGGACGGAGCCGGCGAGCCGCUCAUGUCAGAGAUGUCUGACAUGGCUGUCACUGGAGAUUACACCGCCUUGACCUCUGACAGCAAGGCGAGCACUCUCGCACAGAUGCUGCCUGGCCAGAACACUUCCUCUACGUAGCAUGGGCUUUUGUUUUUGCUGAUUACAGGUGGAAAUGUCUGAUGUGAUUGACAUGACUGAUUGGCAUCUUUAAAGAGGAGACCACAGACAAAAGAGCCUGAUAAAUGGCCAUCAGACUCUCAGACUGUAGACUGAAAUGUGUUACCUCUGUAAACCUCUCUGUUUGUAGCUUAUUCGGUGUGUUGUGUUGUUGAAUGUUUAUUGCUCAGUCCCAGUGUGUACUUUACUCUGCCAGAAACAGGAACUGGAGAUGAUACCUUAAUCCAAGUGUCUGUUUGUGUACUUCUUGUUGUAUAAAACAGUUAAGGCUAAAAAUCCUGCUGUUAGCGCUUGUCAACCUACGUCGGGAAAGAAGAUGUCCAGCCAAGCUUCUCUGAGUCACGAAAGCUGUUCUUGUAAGCCUGGUAAAUCUCAGCCACAUUUUUUUUUUUUUUUUUCGCACACUUUGAAAGAAAUGUUCUAAUUUUUGUUUGCAUCAACUGCAGUGAGUGAGUAACCUGUGUUGUGUCAAGAUGGAUAUUCAAGAACAAAUUAGUGAAUGUGUAUGCCAUGAUGUUACUGCAGACGUCAUACAUGUUUGUGGCACCUAUAUGUUUGAUAAAUAAAGCUAAAAUGGGAUUUGA